AUGUAUUAUAAUUAUGAAAAAAAAUUAAUAGUACCAUUGAAUUCUAAUAGUAAGCAUUCAUCUAUUUUUCCAUUACUUAUUAAUAAUCCAUUACGACCAGAACCAUCACAAUUAAUGCAUUUUGUUUUUGCAAAUAAAAAUUUACAAUUAAAUAAUAACAAACAAUUAUUUAAAAUUGAUUAUAAAAUUCAUCGUGGUUUUACAUGUGAAGAAGAAAUAUUUAUUCGAAAUGCAAUGGAAAUUGUUAGUAAUCGAUUAAUUAAACCAGAAAUCUUAGAAAAUAUGUAUAAAAUUUGUGGAGUAUCAGGUUGUUUAUUUGGAACUGGUGUGUGGUCUCGUUCGAAAUUAGCAAAUGAUAAAACGAAUCAUGGUAUACAUGAUUUAUUACGUUUUCAAUUGAUGUGUUUACAAUUUAAAGGUGAGAAAAAUCAAUUUCCAACUAUUCAUAUUUAUCCAAUGUAUGAAAAAACAGAUACACAAGCUGAAGGAAAUAUUGGAUGUCUUGCAUGUAUUUAUCACGCAUCUACAUGUUCAAUUGAUGGAAAAUUUAAAGUAAAAUUAAAUCGAUAUAAUCUUAAUAUAUCGAA